AUUACUAGGGUUUCGGCUUCUGAACCGUCAAUCGUAAAACCCUCAAUUUGUUGGGAAAAAUGGGAGGAAAGUGUCCUCACCGGAGCGUGAAGAAGCGAAGGUACUCCCACAAACAAUUUCGCCGCACCAAAUUCCUUGUGAAAGGCGACGAUGCCGUUUUUGAUGAACUCAAACGGCCGGAAGGGGAACGAAAACCGUUGCCCGUCGACGAAGAUCUUCCCGGGAUGGGACAAUAUUACUGUUUCCACUGCGAUCGUUAUUUUGCAAAUGUUACGGUGAGAGACGAACAUUUCAAGACCAAAAAGCACAGGAAGCGUGUGAAGCUAAUGAUGGGGCCUGCACCACAUACUCAACUGGAUGCUGAUUUGGCAGCUGGAAUGGGCAUGCCAGAUAAUGGUCCGAAGCUAAUGUCAAUGAGUUGAACUUCCCCUUUUCGGUUUCUGUCUAUGUAUCUCCUUUGAUACUAAUUUACUUAUAUGAGUUCUGUAAAUGUUUUGACAGUUUCUGUAAGGAACUAGUAAUGUUGCUAAAUUUUGUUUAUGACUGCCUUGUUGGCUGUUCUUCAUGUGUCCA